AUGGCCAAUCGAGGGAUGGAAGACUUCGAUGAAGUCUUUUAUGAGGGGCAGUUCUCGGUAGCCCAAUCAGAUCGCCAUUUGGAAACGCAGCAUGACCAGAUGAUGCCCUACACGUCGGCUCCGAUGCAGGUGGGGAGCUUCGCCUACCCCAGCCAUCGAAACGAUAUACUAGAGGGAAGUGUUUCAACGGCGAUUGUACCAUCUGUGAGUAAUGGAGGAGGGCGUAUGUCAAAUCCAUUGCUUGCGUUUGAUCCCACGGGGGGAAGCUCCAUGUCGAUGGGGCUGGACCCGGGAAGCACCUUUGCAUACGAUACUCCGGCCUAUCCGCCUUCAACAAUGGCCGUAGAUCACAGCUUGGACCAUCGCCAAGCAACUCACUUUACCUCCACACAAUCACAGGCCACGAGACUAGACCCUGGCCCCGCAUAUUCUGCCGCCCAACCCCAGGAAUCAUCCUCGAGUAUGUUCUGGGGGCCGGCCCAUGACACUGAGGAUGUUCGUCCUUCAAUGCAGGGCAUGUCCUCUCGCCAGUCGGGUUUCUCCCAUCCUUCCGAUCCUGGGCGGGACCAAGCGCUUCCACGUUCAGGCCAAGAUGUCCAAUCUACCUCCCAAUCUACCUCCCAAUCUUCCUCGGGGUCGGUCCUUCCCCAUCGAUUCAUCCAGCCUAAACGAACAGGGCCAGCAAAGGCUUCUUCUUCAACCACUGUGACCGCAGAGUCUAGUGGUGAAGGCUCCCCGUAUGCUAACGUAUACUCUAGUAGUGGGUUUGACAUGAUGGGUAUCCUGGCCGAGGUGGUGUCGCGACCUGAUCCCAAAAUCAACAUCGGUGCGGUUGAUCUAUCAUGUGCUUUUGUCCUUUGCGACAUUACUUUAGAAGACCAGCCCAUUGUCUACGUUUCACAGGCCUUCGAACGCUUAACGGGCUAUCCCCAAAAGGAGAUUGUGGGUAGAAAUUGCCGUUUCCUUCAAAGCCCGGAUGGCGCCGUUGAGCAAGGCGUGCCUCGGAAGUUUGUCGACACGAAAACUGCUUUUCGGCUGCGGACUACGAUUGAUGAGCGAACUGAGAUCCAAGCGAGUAUCAUUAAUUACCGAAAGGGAGGACAGCCAUUCAUGAACUUGAUUACUAUGAUUCCCGUGCGGUGGGAUUCCAACGAUUAUCGGUUUUUCGUGGGAUUCCAGGUCGAUCUAGUGGAGAAGCCAGACGCCGUCAAGAGGCGAAACCCAGACGGAUCUUACCUGAUCAACUAUCAGCGGAGUCAGCUCCCAAGUUACGUGGUGCCUUCUCCAGACAUGUACCGCGACGACCAUGAUCCCGCUACCCAGUUUCGACCGGACCAAGUCGCGGCAUUACUAGACGGUCUUGGUGGAGGCGACCCAGCAGUCAGGAACCACUUGGAUCAUAUUCUUGUUGAGAAUACGGAUGACGUGAUCCAGGUAUUAUCCUUCGAAGGAGACUUCCUUUACUUAUCGCCGUCUUGCCGAAAAGUUCUUGAAUACAAAUCAAUUGACCUGGUAGGCAAGACCCUGUCUACAAUAUUGCAUCCAAGCGAUAUCGGUCCCGUCAUCCGUGACUUGCGCGCCUGCACCACGAGUGACCCAGUCAGUGUGAUAUAUCGCAUCCGCAGAAAGCACAGCGGCUACGCAUGGUUCGAGAGCCAUGGAUCAUGGCAUAUCUCGGAGCGCGGACGGCAAUUCAUGGUGCUAGUUGGCAGGGUAUUCCCGGUAUACUGCCUGGACCAACUCGCCAAGAUGGAGCGCGGCGGACUCGCAGAAAAUGACAUCUGGGCCAAACUAUCCCUGUCCGGCAUUAUCCUUUUCAUGUCGUCAAAGUCCCGCGCGGUUCUUGGUCGAGCCUCCGACGAUCUCGUCGGUAAAAGUAUUCAGGACAUCGUUGGCACCGACUCCCGCCAGGAAAUUCAGCACGCCCUCGGGACAUCUCACAGCAGUGGACAACAGAAAACAUUGAGCCACAAAGUUCGUCAUCGGAAGGGACACAUGCUCCCAGCCCAAACUACGUUUUACCCAGGCGACACCAAAGAAGGCGUCAAGCCCAGUUUCGUAGUUGCCCAAUUCCGCUUCCCAAAAGCGCCACAUGGCACGUCCAGCACCGAGGAAUCAAGCUCGAGCGACUCCGUCCCUACAGAGGCAACUUUUGCAGGGGACAGCAGCAGGGCCACGAAGCCAAUAGAACUAAUCAUGGGCCCUACAAAAAUCCCCAAGGAAACUCUCGCCUCCAUCGACGCAACCCUAUUCACCGAAUUAAUCCCCACUAGAGGCUCGAGCUGGCAAUUCGAGCUGCGCGAGCUAGAGAAACAGAACCGCUCGCUAUCCGACGAAGUCCAGCGCUUGCUGGCGCGCAGAAAGAAGCGCAAGCGCAAACAAAGCGCCGUCCUGAUCGAGAAGACCUGCGCCAGGUGCCAGACCAAGACCACGCCUGAGUGGCGACGCGGGCCCAGCGGAAACAGAGAUCUAUGCAACAGUUGUGGAUUACGCUUUGCGAAGCAGAUGCGGAGUGCAGCCCAGGCUUCUGAUAAUGCGGUCGCUUAUUGA